UUUAUAACUUCCUUCUUCAGCUCAAUAAAAUGGUAACGUAAAAGGAAGUUACAUUAAAGUAAAGCUAAAUGUUUAAACAUGGUGCACACUAGUGGUGUAUAUUUGAUUAUUUUAUGGAUUCCAUUUUCUGAAGGUGCUGAAUUUAUAUCUCUUAACGAGACAACAUGGAACAAUAUAACUACAAUUUGCCAGGCUGCAUUGCCCGAGAUAAAUUACAAGGCAUCCAUAAACGGGAAUGAAUUUAUGGUCGAUUAUACUGGAAAUAUUGAAGAAAGAGAUGGUGUAUGGGUUGGGUACUAUCUAUCUACUACGCCGUUUGAGUAUAUUGGCUGUACAAAGAUUAGGAAAAGAACUGCAAUAGCUCAGUUCGAGAAAGACAUACCAGGCCUUUGCUUUUCAGCUUGUAAAAAGAAAGGAGUAAUUGGUAUCAGCAAUAAACAGGUAGGGAGUCAAUUGGAUUAGUAAUUGUUAGCACCUUACAUAAAUUGACAAGUCUUACUUCGUUUAUCCCUCCAAUUUCGUAUCUGUUUUCGCACUUAGAUGGCCAUUAACUAUAGAUGUCAAUAUGAAAUCGCUAUUUAUGCAUAUUCACAAUAUAUGCGCUGUCGACAAAUAAAACAAACAUGGCGGGCUGACGGAAAUAGUAGAAAAUCAAUCCUUAUUCCGAUUACUAUCGCAUACCUAAUGACUGUUGA